CCUCUUUCUCCGCGAGUCACUGUGUGUCUGACCCGGGGAGACAUUCGUCGAAUGAAAUCGCAAAACGAAUUUGCCAGGUUCGAGAAAACCAUCAAUUCGACCCUCACUCGAUCAGGCCGAGAAGGAGAUGUCCUGGACCACAUUUCAACGCUUCACAGAUGCGGGGCUGGCUCCCCGAGGCUUACCCACUCGAGAUCUGGAAGCGGGCAGCCUCGAUCAGGCCCCGACAGAGGAGAGCCCUCCCUCCUCGCCUGCUCUCUCCUCCUGUCUGCCUUGUCUUCCUGUCUUCUUGUUGACUGCAGACGCUGCCUUUGUUUAUCUGCCUUUGUUUAUCUGCUACCUUUGAUAGAAAUCAAUAAGAAGACUCGUUGGCUCCUCUCUUCCCCUUCAGCUCUUAUGGUGAUUUGGGCAGUGACUGUCCUGCUGGUUCUCUCUGUGGCCUGGACGUCAGCAAAACCCGCGCAACAGGUACACAGAGAGGACGACGAUUUGAUGUCGUGAGAGAGAGGAUGACUUGUGUGUUCAGGUCCACUUGCGUCGCGUGCAGGAGGCCUCACCGCCGAACGGCACGUCGCUGUCUGCGUCAGAGUAUGAGGGGCUGAUCGGCCUCCUUGGAAACGGCACCACGCGACUCGCCUCGCUCUACCGGUAGACCCACGCGCUUGACUCCAGAUUCCGUUUCUGUGCAUGUGUGUGUGUGUGUGUGUGUGUGUGUAGGACAUCUGAGCACGGCACCAGCUAUGACGACCUGAUCGACCGUGUGGGCGACGCAAAGCCUUUGGUGUUUGUGGUCAGAAAGGAUCAGUACGUGUUCGGCGCCUUCAUCAGUGCCGGCCUGCGGCUGCCCGACGACCCGGCCAGCUACCAUCGAGUCGAGUGUGAUGUGUGGCAUUUCUCGCUGGCCGGCCACUUCCCCCAGCCGACCAAGAUCGAGAUCGAGCAAUGGGAGCACUAUGUGGAGGUGGCGGGGGGGCAGAGGAGUGUGGCGGUUGGGGGCCCUUCGGUGUACAUUGGUGGGGUCCUGUGGGUGAAGGCAGAGUACGAUGUUGGCGUGGCUGCUGAUGAUGUCCUCUACUGCAAACAGCUCACUCGGAGUGUGCCUGAGGGCUACACGGGAGUGAGUACUGAAUAUGGCACGGCUCUUCUGGCUGGCUGGUCCACGUUCAUGGCUGACGAGAUCGAGGUGCUGCACGUGGUGGGUUGGGGCAGUAAUCAAGAGUGAGGCGUCUGUCUGUCUGUGUCCUUCGUCACUCCUCGUUUUUUCUCGUUCGAUGCGAUUCGCCUUCUCUCUCUCUCUCUCUCUCUCUCUCUCGUGCUUUAUAAAGGCAGCAGAUGUCCGACACGGAUGUGAGUGUGUGUCUGUCUGUGCCGAUGUGACCUGACAGCACAGCCAAACCGCUGCGUGGCCGAUUGACUGAGUGAAUGUCAGUCAGUCUGGCGAUCAUGUGAAAGUAAAAGUGCGUUCAUUCGC